AUGGAUGCCUCACAUGAGGGGGGAGCUAUGGGCUCCACCGCACGCUCGAAUGCCAGCGCUGGCGCCAGCCCGAAUACCAGCGUGAGCCCAUUGCGGAGCGCCUCGCGCUUGCACCGGUCCUCCACGCAAGUGGCGGAAGCCUUAAGUAGUGCCCUCGCACAGUACAACAAGCAGAGGUCAGAAAUCAGAAGUAGCGCAACAGCGAGAAAAAAGGCCAAGAGCAAAUCGAGGCUGCACGAGUUUGUCUCCCGUUGCUUAGCACGCUGCGGCUGCUGUAAGAGCGCAGAAGGAGGGUUCGAGACGUGA